AUGGAGGAGGAAGACGGAUGGACAGCUGCGCGAGCAAGAAGGGGAGCACAUUACACAAGGAGAGGAGAACACCGCACUAGGCAAUGGGACGCUGCAACCACAAGGUUUGGACCAGAGAGAAGCAGGACAACAACCUUCUUCAUGACCGAAUUCGGAGAAGAAUGGAGGGCAAGGGAUCUGUACCAAAAAUUCAAAGAGUUCGGAGACUUAGACGAAGUUAUCAUCGCAUCAAAAAGAGACAAGAGAGGAAGGAGAUUUGGUUUUAUUAGGUUCUUUAAUGUCACUGAUGAGAGGUUAAUGGCGACUAAGCUGGAUAACUUAUUUCUACAUGGUAGAAAGCUACACGUCAAUAUCCCAAAAUUCAUAAGGAAAGAGAAGGAAGCAGAGAGUGUUCAGAGAAACCAUCAUGUUAAAGGAAGGUUAAGAGGGGAGGGGCAGAACAGAUUCACGACAGAGAAAGGAGGAACCUCUGCAGUAUUCGGGGAAGGGGUGCACAGAAACCAUGCUAGAAGUUCUUAUGCAGAAGUUUUGAAAAAGGGAGGAUCUGAAUAUAACCCUACACCUCACAAAGUGUUUCUGAACUAUGACGCUUCGGAAGAAGAAUUGCACAGAUUCAAAAAAGCUUACGUCGGAGAGGUGUAA